AUGGUUGACUGGCCUAAACCAAACUCACCUAGGGCCCUUAGAGGAUUUCUAGGCCUGACUGGAUACUAUAGGAAAUAUGUUGCUAACUAUGGAUCCAUAAGUAGACCUUUUACUGAUCUUUUAAAUAAGGACUCAUUCAAGUGGAAUGAGGAAGCUGAUAAAGCAUUUACAGCACUCAAAACUGUUAUGUCCUCCACCCCUGUAUGGAUAUUACCUGAUUAUUCAAAAGAGUUUAUUAUAGAAACUGAUGCUAGCAAUAAUGGGAUUGGUCUUUGUUUUAAUGCAAGGGGAAAACCAGUUGCUUACUUUAGCAAGGUGUUGGCACCAAAACAUAGGGGAAAGUCCACAUAUGAGAAAGAAUACAUGGCAUUACUUGCAGUUCAAACAUUUUGUGGUACUCAACUACAUUAUAGCUCAGCUUAUCACCCUCAAAGUGAUGGUCAAACUGAGAGGGUCAACAAAUGUUUAGAGAAUUACCUUAGGUGUAUGACUUCUAACAGACCAACUAAUUGGAAACACUGGCUCAAUGCUGCUGAGUGGUGGUAUAACACCAACUUCCAUACUAGUUUACAAUGUACCCCCUUUGAAGAUCUUUAUGGAUAUUCUCCACCACAUUUGUCACUGGGACCCUUGCUAGAAACUCUAGUUCAAGCUGCUGAGGACACCAUUAUGAGAAGGCAACAGAUGCAACAGUUGUUGAAAGACAACUUAAGUAAGGCUCAAGAGAGGAUGAAACACUAUGCUGACAAAAAGAGAACUGACAGGGAAUUCCAAGUUGGAGAUAUGGUAUAUUUGACAUUACAACCUUACAGGCAAACUUCUAUUGCUUUGAGAAAGAACCUGAAACUGAGCUCUAAGUACUAUGGGCCUUAUCCUGUGCCAGCCAGGGUUGGCAGGGUGGCUUACAAGCUAGAUUUGCCCUCCAAUUCUAAGGUGCAUCCUGUUUUUCAUGUCUCCUUACUCAAGAGAAAGGCAAAUGGUCAAAAAGAACAAUGUAGCAAUGGUCAAGGUGUUCAGUGGUCUAAUUUGCCUCCUGAAGAUGCCACGUGGGAAGACUAUCAAUUUCUUAAGUCCAAGUUUCCAAAUUUUGAUUCUCAUCCUUGA